UGUGUGUGUGUGUGUGUGUGUGUGGUGUGUGUGUGUGUGAUCCUGAGCACCUGGCUACUACUCCUUCAGACAAGGCAGGAAAAGAACGAGGGAUUGAUGUCUCUGAGGAAGAAGAAGACAAGAAUAGAGGGAGGCGAGGAGAAGAAGGAGAAGAAGAGAAUAGAGGGAGGAGAGGAGAAGAAGGAGAAGAAGAGACGCUCGUUGGGCUCGUUUCUCAGCCUCAGGAGGAAGUGGUCAGAGGACGGACAGGACAGCUUCCUACUGAGGACGCUCAGCAGCCGGACAAGCCAUGACCCAGUGCUGCCCCCUGUUGGUGAGCAGGCCCAGUUGUGCGCGGAGCUCGGUGGAACCGAAGGUUCCGAAGUGGAGUCUGACCCCGAGGAGCUGGGUGGCACCGUCAUGGAGAAGUUGGAGCAGGUUCUGAUGGACGGAGCCAGUGGAUCCCCAGAGCAGAACCCUGGUAGCCUGCUGGAGGCCUGGAGGCAGAAGAACCCUGUUCCUGCCCCAGGUCAGGGCAGCAGGGCAGGCAGAUACCCCCAGCCCUGGCUUGGUCAGUUCCAGCAGCGGGUGCAGCAGUCUGUGGAGCUGCACUUCCCCUCUCUGCCAGCAGAGGUCAGUGCUACGCAGCAGCCCCCCCAGCCCAGCGCCUACCUGAGGCAGGUGCAGGAAGUGGUGCAGGGGGAGCUGCUGCGAUUGGCUCCUGUGCUCAAAGAGGCGGGGCUGCUUGGCACUGUGAUUGACAGGUACCACACCCACACAGUCGGCCAGCUGGAACUGCUGCUGCAGAAGAACCUGAACGCAGACCAGACGUUCACAGUGCUGGAGUGGACACUACACACCUACCUGAGCGGUGAUCUUCUGGGCCACAGAGACCUGCACAGUGAUGUCACAAACCACAUCGACUUCCUACUUUACACAGAGUGUGUACAGAGGACCUGCGACCUUCUCCUCAAAACUGCUGCGGGGGAGAUGGAAGUGUGUCUGCAGCACAUCCUGUCGGUGGGAGGGUAUGAGGAGACGCAGAGAAGCCCUGUUGAGGAGGCUACCCAGUGUGUGAAGAGUUUUGUGCGGAGAGCUCAGGAGUUGAGUCCCACCCUGGAGCCUCGCCUGCGGCCACUCCUCUCCGCCCAGCUACAGGAGUGUGUGCAGAGGUACGUAGCCAUGGAGAAGAAGCAUCUGGGUCAGACGGGUCUGAAGUACCUGUACAGCACAUGCAACACCUGUGCAGAGCUCAGGCUGCUAGCGGUGCAGUUAGCAUCUGAGGCUCAGUCUGAUGCUGCUUCUCCUGCUGCUGUGAAGCUCUUAAAGGAGCUGGAGGCACAAGCCACAAAACAGCUGCUGCACACAGCCACACACAACACAGAGGCUCCUCUGAAGACCUACUUUAAGGCGGCGGGGGAAGGAGAUUUAGGGCUCCAGACCACAACUGGACAGCUGUUCACUCAUUUAGCACUGGUCAACGACAAGGACACGCACAGGGACCUAGUGUACUCAGUCUACCAGUGCAUCACUACCUCGUACCUGCGACACCUGUUGCUAAGCAACCGCAGUCAGCUGGAGGGGAGGUGGGGGGAUUUUGCGGAGAAAGUGAGACGGGAUGCUGAGGAGCUACACACCACCUUCACACAGCAGCAGGAUGGUGAAGUGCAGAGGUGUGUGUUGCUGCAGAGGGUGAGUGAGGUUCUAAAGAGCAGUGGUGUGGACACACUGAAGCUCAUCCUCACCGAGAUCAUCACAGAGUGUCCACACAUCAGUAAGGAGCAGCUGAGUGCCCUGCUGAAGUGGAAGGGCCACUUGUCCAAGCAGGAGAUGAGCGAGGUGAUGGACGCGGUGUCAGAAUGUUCGCCCCAAACGGCCUCUCCUGUCUCGGCACUGAGCGAGCCGCCACUCAAAGGCACGUCCCCAAGCCCCGCCCCUCUCUGGUACCGUGCUCUGCCCUGCCUACGACCAUCAAUUAUAGCCUGAGGAUCUCUGAUGCCACGCCCUGUCUUAUCUCAGACAACCAAUCACAGCCUUAGGAUUUUAUCUGCCACGCCAUGUCUUGUCUAAGACAACCAAUCACAGCUAUAUACAACUUCCUGGUUGUGAAUCUGUGAAAUGGUCUGAUUGUGGCAGGCUAACGGAGAAUCUGUUGUGACGCUGAUACACACAAGCUCUGUGUUAGUAAUGUUAGCGCUGUGUUAGUAAUGCUAGCUCUGUGUUAGUACUGUUAGCUCUGUGUCAGUAAUGCUAGCGCUGUGUUAGUAAUGCUAGCUCUGUGUUAGUAAUGUUAGCGCUGUGUUAGUACUGUUAGCUCUGUGUCAGUAAUGCUAGCGCUGUGUUAGUAAUGCUAGCUCUGUGUUAGUAAUGCUAGCUCUGUGUUAGUACUGUUAGCUCUGUGUCAGUAAUGCUAGCGCUGUGUUAGUAAUGCUAGCUCUGUGUUAGUAAUGUUAGCUCUGUGUUAGUACUGUUAGCUCUGUGUCAGUAAUGCUAGCGCUGUGUUAGUAAUGCUAGCUCUGUGUUAGUACUGUUAGCGCUGUGUUAGUAAUGCUAGCUCUGUGUUAGUAAUGCUAGCUCUGUGUUAGUAAUGUUAGCGCUGUGUUAGUAAUGCUAGCUCUGUGUCAGUAAUGCUAGCUCUGUGUUAGUACUGUUAGCUCUGUGUCAGUAAUGUUAGCGCUGUGUUAAGCUUUGCAAUACGCUUCACUUUGUUAAGGUGACCAGAUUCUGUGACAUAAUCCGGGGACAUUUUCAGCUUAGAAGCGUAACUACAUCCAAAUCUGUAAUGUUUUUUGUCUUUGUAAACUUAAAACGGGGACACUGCCCUAAUCAUUCAUAAAGUAGUUUGUCUUACCCUAGUUCAGGUAUCAGCCAGACGCAUAACCCAAAUUAAGGCCUCCUUACACCAUACCAUUUUCACAAGAUCUGGGGAAGAUUUUUAAAAGACUAAUCUUUUGAGUAAAGCUUGAGUGGGGGCAUUAGUUAAAAACUCAAGCCUUAUUUGUCAACGACCCAGCAAAGGGCAAAGAUUCUAUCGCCUAUCAAAAUACCGGAAAUAUGGGCAUUCUAGAACAUCUAUGAGCUGAGUGCUUACUCUGGCUGUCUUGAGCCUGUGUGUGUAGGGUGAGCAGCUAU